AAGCAACCAUUUCCCCAAAAAAAAGCAACAAUUUCCCAAUUAAGCCCCAAACCUCUCCACCGUCUCCGCCUGUUGCUCUGUUCCCCGGCCCCCGCGGCGAUGGGACCUAGCCGCAGCAACCCGCCGCCGCACAAGUCGAUCCCCUCCACCUCCUCCUCGUCGGAAGGCGCCUCCUCCGGAGAUUCCGCCUCCGGCGACGAACAAGUGGAGCAGCACGCCACCAAGAACCCGCCACCCCUCCGCCGGCGCACCAAGAAAGCGACGGCUCCGAAGAUGAGGAGGGCGGCGAUGCGGUCGAAUCGUCCGACAGGCUGUUGAAGAAAUGGGGUGCCGCAAGGAAGGGAAGACUCUGACGAAGACUGAGGGGGAAGACUCCGACUCUGAGUCCGAGUCCGACGAGGCGCAGCAGAAGCCAGGGCCCAAGCCCAAGGGGAAUAUGCCAGCGGCCAAGCUCGUCAAGUCGUCCCAGACGAAGCGGAAGGCGCCGGAGCCGAGGUCGCCGAAUCGUCCCAGCCAAAGAAGGUAGUAGCGGCGGCUGAGCUCCCCAAGUCUCCCGAGCUGAAAGGGAGAGCCCCUUGCUCCUGCCCUUGCCGGAGCGGACGAUGGCCACGGUGUCAGGUGCUGGGCUUUUCAUCGAACAUGUGGCCGGCGUCAAGCUUCCUGAGGAAGGAGGUAGGGGGAAGAGAUCUAGAUAAGGUGAUCUAGAUAAGGUAGAAGAUCAGUAGAGAGGAGGGGAGCAGCUUGAGGAGGAAGAUGGACAGGAGAAGAAGAAGACCGGUGUGUGUUCGAUGCCUCUGGUCUGAUGUGUUGGUCCCUUUUGUACCGUGGGUGGCCCAGCCAGCCCGUUCCAGGGGUGUGCCACCCACGGUACUGGCGCAGCACGGAGUCGCGCAGGAAGAUGUUGCCGAGCGUCCUGCUGAUGGCGUCGGUAGCCACCUCUUGGAAGGAGUAAUCCUCAGCGGCGCGGGGCAGCCCGUCGCAGUCCUCCGCACCCAGCUCCAGCCAGCCCGCGGCCUCCCAUACCACUACGAGGCUCGUCGGCGACAGCGCUGCGGCGAAGCUCGGCAUGGGGCUGUUCGACCAUGUGUGGGUGCUGUCCGGCCUGCAGUCCACGACCGUGUUCCUGGGGCUGUCGGCGUCACUGGAUGUUGCGGGCAGCGGGCUCGUGGACGCGAACAACGAAGGAGUGCACCGUCGUGCCGUUGAAUGGGCUGGCGCGCUGGAAGCUGAUGUUCGCCGUCGAAUGGGCUGAGGCUCACCACCGAGCAGGCCUCUCGCGUCUCCUGCCACAAUGGAAGCUGCAUGAUCGCGGAGCUGUAAGACGUUCCAUGCGAUUUAGGCGGCGCGACGGCAGCGGCUUGGGGCAAGCCGUAUUUCAAGGAGAGGGGAAUGCUAGGAGAUGGGCUGGCGCCUCCAGGACGUGGCUGGGCCUGGGCUAGUGGAAGGGGUACACUACUUCUUCUUCCUCCCAGAUCCUUCUUCUCCCUUAUCUAGCUUCUCUCCAGUGAGGUUGCUAACACACGGCCAGUUUCGGAAGAGCGCGAAGAAGCAGUUGGAGGAGAAGAGCGCGUUGUACAGGUUCCUGUGGCAGGAGCUGGUUGCACUGGAGGCAGGGCCGUCCGGCGCAUUCAAGGGGCCCUUCCUCACAGUCGCCGACGACAAGGCCGGCACACUGGACACCAAGAUCAUGGCCGAGGCCAACCUGCAUUUUCGGAGGAGGGACAUCCAGGAGGAGGUCGCCAAGAGGCUUGGAAAUGCAAGCUGCAAAGAUAUGCCAUGCUUUGGUGCCGAAGAUGUCAGAAGGAUUGCACUUGGUUCCUUUUGUUGAUUAUGCUUAGUAUGUGAACUUAUGGUGCCAAGGCCUCGGUGUUCUCUCAUUUGGAUCCAGGCUUGACAUGCCUGAACAGCUGAUGUAAAGCUCUGAUGAUUCUGGGUCUCGUAAGACCAGGUCUCUGUGCCGGCCAUAUAUAUAGAUGGUAGCAGUUUAUAUUGUGCUGUUGAACUACCUGCAAAAUGGUUUACUAUUGUUGUAGAACUGAUGACAGAUUUAGUGAGCCCUCUCACUUGCUAAUUCUGCUGUUAAGGGACAUGAAUCAACAAUCAA